AUGAAUCUCUUUUACGUUAUCGCUACUUCAAUUUUCCUUUUCGCUCGUUCCAGCGAAGGAUUUGCAGUCUUAAGUUGUCAAGCGUCGAAGCCAUCAUCGUCGCAACUAUACGAUAAAUCACCUGGAAAUCAGAUCGAUGAUGCAAUUGACACUGCCAAGACAGAAACGAAAAAUGUACGUGAAAAGGUAUCCGAGUCUGCAGAGGAAGCUGGAUCGCAAGUUGGUGGUGCGGUCGAUUCGGGUGCUGAGAAGGUUAAGGAUGCCAGCAGCGAGGCGGAGAGUGCCACUUCACAGGUUGUCGACACGGUCAGUUCUGGUGCAUCAAAAGUGAAGGACACGGUCAAGUCGGGUGCAUCAAAAGUAAAGGACACGGUCAAGUCGGGUGCAUCAAAAGUAAAGGACACAGUCAGUUCCGGUGCACACAAAGUUGCCGACACGGCCAGUUCCGGUGCACACAAAGUCGCCGACAAGGUCAGUUCGGGUGCUGAAAAGGUCAAGGAUACCUUCAAAAGCGAUUAA